AUGAACAUCAUCACCCUCAUGCAAAACCGGCCUCGACUUACGGGUGUGGUCUCCUUAGCUGUUGCCGGCAGCAUAGUCGCAUACCUUGGCAAGCGACGCCUUGACCGGUCAUGCCCAAGAGUCCCCAUCACGCAACUCCCAAAGUCAAGUGCAUGUCGCAACCUUGUGGAGAGUGGCGAAGCAGGCCCCAAGACUGUAUGGGGCAUGGAAAAGUCAGCUCUGCUGGCCUCAUGGUCUGGUGGCGACAAAACCCGCUGGGUCCCCUCCUUCGCCGCCCUUCAAGCUGAUGUGCCCAUAUCCCUGCUCGCUGGAUAUGGAGCAUUUCACAGCGAACAUGACGGCGACAAGGACGACGCACAUCAUCUUAUGCAGAAUCUAGUUGCCGCCUUUCUGGAUGCGCGGGCCGCAGGGCCGGAGGCGUGGUUUCUGGACAAAGAGGUGCCGCCAUUGUCCUUUGCGCCUGGUAGCCUAUUAUUCGGCGAUCAAGCCAGCCUGGGAGCCUUCAUGCUUGGGACCUGGAGUACAACCCGGGAAACCUCCGUCCACCCUCAGGCUCUGGGUCCAAAGGCCCCCGAGCCUAGCUCCGAAUUCCCCUCAAACAGGGACGCUAUCCAAGAUAGUCCCACAGACACAGCUGGAGCUGUGAUCUACUGGAAAUUUCCCGACGUGCUGGUCCGAACAGUGGACAAGGCAGCAUCGUACGGUCUCCCGUGGCGAUUUAUGGACGGCGGAUUCCAAGAAUUUAUUGUGGAAAAGGUGUCGGAUGAAAAGGCGAGGGUGACAUACAUAAGUGUCGAAUGCUCGAAUCUCCACCCUCGCGGCCAGUCUACAAGGGAUUUCAAGAUGUUUCCAUGGCUGGCUUAUGAGGCUCACGUAUUGUAUGCACAACUCCUCUGGCAUAAUACUGUGAUGCAGCUUCAUAAACCACACAAAAACAUCGGAUAA